AUGGCUGGAAGAAAGUCAUCAAGAACAACAGGCGAGCCGGUAAAGAAAGCCGAAAGAAAGUCAGCAAUUUUAUCGCCACAUGAUGAGUUGCGUGAACGUCUUCUGGAGACUUCGUUAGAUGUAAAGGAGAACAUUCCGGAACGUUCAUCGAGCACCCGGAACGAAAGUGUCGGAAGUCAGCGUUCGGACUGCUCGGAGUCAAGAAAACGACGUAGUACAGAGAAAGGACCAGUUGCGAAACGUCCUUCCACGGAAAAGAAAGGAAAUGGAAGCCGCGACGAUUCAUUCAGCAGUGUAUUUUCAGAGGAUCGUGAGACUGAAUCAUCUGUCGGAUCUACAUCAUCACGAACACGGGGCCAACCGCUUCCAGCAAUGCCAGAAGAGGAGGAAUCACUCGAUGGAUCUUCUGAUCAUAAUGCAGAAUCAGAAGAAAGUCGUGAGACCCCACAAUCAGAUGAGCACGACGGUUUUGAAGAAGAUGGCGAUGUCGAAGACGACGUCAGUAGUGAUGUCAAUGACGAGGAAGAUGAAUAUGAUGAAUAUGAAGAAGACGAAGAGACGGAAGAUGAAUUUGAUCUGCCAUUGCAAAAUGAUGACUUCGCUGUUACAAAGCGUCUGAUGAACGAUCGGCAUAUGAUAGAUGCUCCUAGUCUUCUCAGCUAUGGCAAAUGCGAAGGGAUAGGGUCACCUACCAAGGUGUGGUCACUGAUGGUUAAACGGGACGAUAUUCCGAGAGCUACAAGACAAUUGCUCCGAAAUCAUCCGGAUAUGACUAUUAAUAUGCGUCGGGUGCUUGUCGAUUGGAUGAUGGAGUGUUGUGAUGUCGAAAAACUUCAUCGGGAGACGUUCCAUUUGGCUGUGGAUUAUGCCGAUCGAUUUUUGGAAUCAACUAGAGAAGAAGUCAUUUCGGAGAAUUUUCAGUUAGUUGGGACAGCUGCGUUAUUCAUUGCUGCUAAAUACGAGGAGAUUUAUCCACCAAAAUGUGCCGAUCUUGCUGCAUUGACCGACGGAGCUUUUUCAUGCGAUGAUAUUUGUCGUAUGGAGAGUAUAGUUGCAAAAGAUCUCAAGUGGAGUUUCGGACCCAUUACAAGUGUUCAGUGGCUAUCAACGUAUCUACAAUUACUGGGAACUGGAAAAAAAAACAAUGAUCAUUUCGAAGAAGGCAAUAUGUAUAUUCCUGAGCUUCUUCGAUCCGAAUAUCUUCGAAUGGUUCGGAUCCUUGACUAUCUUCUCUCUGACAUUGACUCAUUCAAUUUCUCCUACCGUACCAUAGCUGCUGCUGUUCUUUUCGUCAAUUAUGAUCCUAGAUCUGCAGUUGAAAAGGCCACUGGGUUUAUCUAUGAGCAGUUGCGAAAUGUUAUUGACUAUGUGACACCAAUUUGUCGUGCUUACGAUAGAUUCACCCAAGAGCAUGUUCCAAAAGACAUUAUUCCUGACUAUGCGCCGGCGGAGGAUGCUCACAAUAUACAGGUUCACAUCAAACAUUAUGAGGUUGAUCCUUAUGUCGAGAAAGAACGAGAGCGACGCCACCGAAGAGGUCCGAAUCGUCGACUGUAA